UCAAUUAUUCUCAUUCAAAGUGUACCCUGAUUACUAUGUGCACUUAACAAGAGAUAUAAAUACUAAGCAUGCACAUUUUCACGACAUUGUGUCAAUGGUCAGAUAGGUUUUUCAAGUUCUAUAAAGUUCCUGAAGUAUGCAGCAAAUGUACCGCCUAUUUAAAACUUUUUACAUUUGAAUAAAUUCUUGCAAAUGCUCCUUUGACUUUUUCUGGAAACUUCAGCACUGAUGACAAAAAUUAAACUUUUUGUUGCUCAUUUUACCCUUCAGGCUGACAGCUCCGCUGAUGGCAGAUGAACUAGCAAUGACAAAACGCGCGGCAGUUUUAAACGCUGGCAUCCUGUUAUCUUCCCUUGGACCUAUUGCAAUUAUAUCACUUGCUUUUGUCACGUGCUCAUCUAAAAGAAUGAGUGAAAGGCAAGUGAUUUUGGUAGGACAUACAAUUGCAUUGGUAGGCUUUAUCAUUUUUUUACCGUGGGGAAACACAUAUCCAACUCUCCAAACAACAGAGUACAUCAAAGUCGGAAAUCUGACGCAAUUUCGUUUGAAAGAAGGUUGCCCAGCAAAGUACAAGUGGUGCACAAAUGCACCAAAAAUACACCUUGGUCAAAUGAUAAUUGCUGAAGUGAUGGCUUUGAUUGGCUACACAUUACCAUAUUUAGUUACAUUUGGACUUUACUCAAAAAUUGUUGGUCCAAGAAAGCAGGGUUUUUAUCUUGCUGCGCUGUCUCUAGCUGGUUGUACUUCCGGGAUCACAACACCAUUGUUGGUGGCGUAUAUUUACGAACAUUUGGGACCAAGAUAUGUAUUCAUUACAAUAGCUUCCAUUGUAUCAUUUUGUAUAAUAGUCUUCACUUAUUUCUAUAACAGACUAAUACCUUUUGAAGAAUACAUAAGCAACAGCUAGAAUAAAGAAAUUAUAUAUCUAAAACUUUGCUAGUUAUUUUUUCUGAUAGUUUUACUGUUUAAAAAUACAACAGGCUCUUUUGUUAACCAAAACUUUCCUGAUUUGUCAAUUUGUUUGUUGACUAUGAUAGAAUACUGAUUCGUUUCUUGAAAUAAACUGUUUUCUCCCUUUCUGUCCCCGGCCUUGAUUCAGCCUCAAUAUCCUCUUUGUCAACAGAAACUUUGAAAUGAUUUAUCAUGGAAAGAUUAAUUGCUGUUUUCAUUUAAUAUCAUUUUUGUUAUCUUUGAUGUUUUUUAUAUUUUUUUCGUUACGUGAAUUGGCUCAGUGGCUAUAGACCUUUUUCGGGGAACAGCGACCUUCAAAACUUUCAUAAUAAUUUUUUCAGCAACAACGUGUUGUUAUUGACAAAGCUUUAAAGUACACAUAAAUUAAAAGAAAUAGUUACAGUAGAAUCCCGUUAUAACGUACUCGGUUAUUACGUACUUUUGGAUAUAACGUACUGGUGUGCUUGGUCCUGGCAAAAGGUGUGCUUGGUUUUAGUCAUUUUUUACUUACCCUCGUUACAACGCACUUCGGAUAUAACGUACUUAAUACGCUGGUCCCUUAAAGUACGUUAUAACCAGAUUAUACUGUACUUGCAUAAGGAUGAUAAAUUAAAAAAAAAUAGUUACUUGCAUAAGGAAGAUAAAAUUUCAAAACUCAAGAAUAAAGUAUUUACAAAAAAGUCUUCAAUCUUAAGAACGAAGUUUUACUCUUCAUUUCGUCCGUUUAUUCAUUUAAGAUCUUUGCUCCUUUAGAGGAAAAGCCUUCUUGCCUGCUUCGGAUUUGACUUAAAACAAAACAAUAUUCUUUGUUUUGGC